UAUUUGCUUCAAAAUUAAAAUUAUUGAAUUUAAAAAAAAAAAAUAUUUUUUAACUUCAUUCCUAAAAUGAUACUUGGAAUUUUUCAAAAAUAAUUUAAAAUUUACUAUUGCAUACAAAACAGUUGCUAACAUUUUAAAGAAAUAGCCAAACGAAACUCUAACGAAAUACAUUAUACAUAAAAAAUUUAAAAUGAUUUUAAAAAAAUCCAAAUUUUUCAAACGUAUACAAAUGUUACGGCAUAUUUCAAAAGAAAAAUUACGCAAAGAAAGAGAACGGAAGCGCAUUGAAUGCCAUUUGGAAAGUGUCUUUUGUGAAACUUCUGGUACUACUGAGUUCAAAGAUGACGCUGCUGUCAAUGACAGCAUUCUUUCAACAGAGAAUUGUUGCGAAACUGGAGUAGACAAAGUAAAAAUCAAAAAUAAAUUAAAAUUCCAACAGCGAAAGUACUCAAGUCCCAGUAAACUUCAGUCUAAGUCAUGUAACGAAUGUGGUAAAGUAAAUGGUUUAAUUCAUUUAAAUAAUACUUGUUAUCAAGUUGAAUGCUUAGCUGGAGCAAGUAACAAAAAUCUGAGUGACAGCACAGAAUUAAUGCCGUCUGUCAGUGCUACCCGUUGCAGUAUUUGUGUUUGUAAUUCACGCUACAAUCUUAUUGGUAGAAUUGCUAAAAGUCUAGGUUUUAAAGUGGUUAAGGAAAACAAACGGUGGAAUAUUCUGUGGACAGAUUCAUUGCCGGGUGUAGAAAUCUACAAGAAUAUGAAAAGAUUUCAACAGAUUAAUCAUUAUCCAGGCAUGAUGGAAAUUUGUCGUAAGGAUUUAUUAUCAAGAAAUUUAAAUCGCAUGCUCAAAUUAUAUCCCAAAGAUUAUAAGAUAUUUCCCAAAACCUGGAUAUUUCCAGCAGAUUACGGCGAAGCUUUAAAUUAUGCCAAUAAUCAUAAUAAACAGAAAAUGUUUAUUAUUAAACCGGAUGCUGGAGCUCAAGGAAGGGGUAUAUGGCUGACAAAUGAUUUGAAAAGUGUUUCGACUGCGGAACGUAUGAUCUGCCAGACUUAUAUUAGUAAGCCUCUACUUAUAGAUGGCUACAAGUUUGAUUUGAGGGUGUAUGCUUUAAUAACAUCUGUAGAUCCUUUGAGGAUUUUCGUAUACAACGAAGGUUUGGCUCGUUUAGCCACCAACAAAUAUGUAGAGCCCUCCAUGGAUAAUAGUGACAAUUUGUAUAUGCAUUUAACUAACUAUUCGGUUAAUAAGAAAAACUCCCAAUACGAAUCGUGUGAUAGCGAUGAUUGUGGCAGUAAAAGAAAUUUCGGUGCCAUCAAUAGUUGGAUGCGUCGUCAAAACUAUGAUGUAAAGGGUUUUUGGGAUAGAAUUGAUGAUAUUAUUAUAAAAACUAUACUUAGUGCUUGGCCUAUUUUGAAACAUAAUUAUCAUGCAUGUUUUCCGUCGCACGACAAGAUACAGGCUUGUUUUGAAAUAUUGGGUUUUGAUAUUUUAGUCGAUUCGAAAAUGAAACCUUAUGUAUUGGAAGUCAAUCACUCGCCAAGUUUUCAUACCAAUGAACUGGUUGAUCUUCAAGUCAAGAGGCCCCUAAUAAGGGACACACUCUCCUUAAUUGGUACAGUAUUGGCAGAUAAAAGGCAAAUAUUGCGUGAGGAUCGCAAACGUAUAAAGCAGCGUUUAUUGAAGACCAAACCGGCAAGUUUAUCUCAAAGUUACAAUGCUGCGAACAUUAACACCUUAACCGACAAAUCCUUACAUAACACAACAAUUGAAUGUCCGGGAAGUUUAUCUAAAAGUUACAAUGUUACGAACAUUAGUACCUUAGCCGACAAAUCCUUAAGUAACACAACAAUUGAAUGUCCUGUCAGUGCUAUAGCCCAACAAAUUGCCUGGGAAGAAAGUCAUUUGGGUGACUAUCGUCGUAUAAUGCCUCCCAAUGAUCCCCAUAAACUCAAUUAUUACUGUCAGUUUUACGGUCAAUUAAAUCAAUCAUCGAUCUUUGCCGACACCGCAUCCAGUAAGAAACGUGAAGAAGUUUCCAAAAAACUACGCAAAGAUUUAGAAGAGAAGAAACAAAAACAAACGGAAAUGUUUAAACGUAAAGUUGGCGAUAUCAAAUUCGAAGAUCGUCAAAGAAGAAGACUCAGUAUACCAAGGAUUAUAGCAGAAAAACAACGCCAAGAAUUGAUACGUUCACAGGCUCACUGGGCGCCAGAUUUUAUUUCAGCAGCAGAGGAACGUUUGCGUGUAACUUAUAUGCAAAUGAGAGCUGAGAUCUUAAAGGAAUUUAAAGUCACAGAAAUGAUAUAUACUAUGCUUUAUAAUGCUGGCUGUCUAACCAAAGCCGAUAUUGUUAAAUUUCCUAAUCUUCAUCGUAGUCUCGAAGGAGGAAGCAAAAUAUACACGACCUAAAUUUUAUGGACAAUUUAUUAUUUUUGUAUUGAAUGUAAUUAUUAUUUGUUGUAUCGUAUUUAUGUAUGCAAUAUUUUUGAAACAUCUAAAGUACAAAUGUUUGUAUAUUUUAAUAAUUAAACGAUUUUAUUUUACUCGAU